UCAGAGGAAGGGGAAGAGGAGGAGAAAGAAGAGGAGAAGACAAGAAGGAAAAAUAGUAAACAGAAAGAGAGAAGUGAGAGUGCUGAGGAGGAGCAGCCCAGCACAUCCACCCAGUCCAACCCCAGUCAGAAGAGGAAAGUCCAGAGGCCGACCAACUGUUUUCCUUCCAGGAAGGGGGAGAAAGAUGACAUCUGGACCAGGCCCAUCUACAAGACCCAGCUCCCAGUCACCUGUGGGGACAAAGAAGGCAUUCUCAUCAGGAACAAGCUGGCCAAAGGGGAGAGGUGCAUUGUGGUCCAGGGUCGCUGGUUCACCCCAAGUGGCUUUGAGGAGUUUGGGGGGAAGAAGAGCAGUAAGAACUGGAAGUACAGUAUCCGCUGUAGAAACACCACUCUGGGAAAACUGAUCCAGGAAGGUCAUUUAACUUCACCAGACUUUAAAAGAAGAAAGAGUGCACAGGCCAAGAAAGCACUGUUUCCCUCCAACCAAUCAACGGGCUCAAUCACAGAAUCUAAGGAGGAUGACGAUGAUGAUGAGGAGGAAGAAGCUGAGCAGGAAAAAGAGGAAGUCUUCAAAGUCACCUGUGGAGCCAUCAAUGGAAUGCUACAUAAGGAUCGGUUUGCAUCAGGGUUGUGUGGAAAGAGCAUCCGUACGGACCAGCGCUGGAUGACCCCGGUGGAGUUUGUGACGGGGGAGUCAGCUCUGGAAGAUCCCUCCUGGAGGAACGACAUCCAGUGGGACGGGAAACCACUCAGCGUCCUCAUCGAGAGUAAGAUCUUGGUCAUUCACAAACUCCUGUGUAAGUGCAAGCUGUGCAGCCCUACGGCCAAAGACAGGCAUGAUCACGAUAACGAUGACGACUGCUUCAUCUGUAGAAGCCAGGGCAGCUUGAUAUGCUGUGAUGAGUGUCCUCGCUCCUUCCAUCAGAGAUGUCAUCUUCCUAAUGUGGAUGAUGCUAUGCUGGGGGAUAAUCUUCCGUGGGUGUGUACAUUCUGUGUACUGAGGACCAGUCAGUCGUGGCGUUACCCCAGUCAAAAGACUUACCAGGAAGCCUUGACCUGCCGAAUCUCUGACCACCUACUGGAAUGCCAGUAUCUCCUGCUGUGUCUAUACCAAGCGGACAAGGACCACAUCAUUGCGGCAGAUCCUUGCAUCAACGUGAGAAACUACACCAGUGUGAUAAAGACCCCUAUAUGGCUGGACAGGGUUGUGGAGAAGCUGCAGCAGAAUCUCUACCAGUCAAUGCAACACUUUGUGUCUGAUGUGUUGCUUAUCUUCACCAACUGUGCCACAUUUAACAGGGAUAAUGCAGAGUUGCGUGGGAUGGGCGAAAGAUUGAAGGAUCUAUUUGAGAGAGAGUUCAAGAGUACAUUCAGCAUCCAACUUCAGCAUCCAACUGCAUCCAACUGCCAGUAGAGCCUUUGUCACGUUCCUGACCUGUUUUCCUUUGUCAUGUAUUUGUUUUAGUUGGUCAGGGCGUGAGUUGGGUGGGUUGGUCUAGGUUUGAUUUUCUA